AGCGGCUGAACUCGCGGCACAAGGUUGUCGGGCGGCGGGGUUGCCUCUGCGGCGCACAAGCGGGGCCGGGACGCGGAGCCGCCUUUGCCUGAGGCCGGAGCCGGGGCUGCCGGGGUCGGGGACGUGGGGGCCGGGUGUCCCUAGCGCGAGGGCCCCGGAGCCUCUUCCCCGGGCCUCGCCGGCCCCCUCACGCCGCUCGCCGCGCCCGCUGCCCGCAGACCCCGCCGCCGCCGCAGCCAUGGGCUCUAAGGCCGACCCUCUGCUCGUCGUGGUGUCCAUCCUGGAAGGUCGCCAUUUCCCUAAACGUCCAAAGCAUAUGCUUAUAGUAGAAGCAAAAUUUGAUGGAGAACAGUUGGCUACUGAUCCUGUGGACCAUACUAACCAGCCAGAAUUUGCCACUGAGUUAGCCUGGGAAAUUGAUAGGAAAGCACUUCAUCAGCACAGACUACAGCGCACUCCUAUCAAACUCCAGUGUUUUGCCUUGGAUCCUGUAUCUUCAGCCAAGGAAACUGUAGGUUAUAUUGUUUUGGACUUAAGAAGUGCCCAAGAAACAAAGCAGGCACCAAAGUGGCACCAGUUACUGAGUAACAAAUACACCAAGUUCAAGUCUGAGAUACAGAUAAGCAUCACCUUGGAGACAGAUACAAAGGCACCAGUGGAUAGUUUUAAAGCAAAGGGAGCCCCGCCUCGAGAUGGAAAAGUACCUGCCAGCCUUCCUGGACUUGACCCAAAGGACAUUGUAGCUGUGCUAAAUGAAGAAGGAGGCUAUCAUCAGAUUGGACCAGCAGAGUAUUGUACUGACUCCUUCAUUCUGUCAGUGACCAUAGCAUUUGCCACCCAGUUGGAGCAGUUAAUUCCAUGUACCAUGAAGCUUCCAGAAAGACAACCUGAAUUUUUCUUUUACUAUUCUUUACUGGGAAAUGAUGUUACAAAUGAGCCCUUCAAUGAUUUAAUCAACCCAAACUUUGAGCCAGAGAGAGCAUCUGUUCGCAUACGUAGCAGUGUAGAAAUCCUUCGUGUAUACCUUGCUCUUCAGCCUAAACUACAGAUCCAUCUGUGUUGUGGAGACCAGUCACUUGGAAGUACAGAAAUACCUUUAAGUGGCCUACUGAAAAGGGGCAGUACAGAAAUCAACCAGCACCCAGUCACAGUUGAGGGUGCUUUCAUCCUUGACCCUCCAAACAGAGCCAAACAGAAGCUUGCACCUGUUCCUCUAGAGCUAGCCCCAACUGUGGGAGUGUCUGUGGCUCUGCAGAGAGAAGGCGUCGACUGCCAGUCUUUAAUUGAAAUAAAGACCCAGAAUGGACAUGAGCCAGAGCUUUCAAAGAAGAGCGUUUUAAGCCCCAUAAAACAGAAGACACUUACAGACCCCAGAUCACCAAGCAUGUGCCCUGCGGCACCUCACAACCAGACAUCUCCAGCCAAAGACAGUGCCACUGAAAGUGAGGUUGAAAGCUUGCAGUACGACAGGGAUGCAAAAGCACACGGAAAAGGCACUAGUUGCUCUGUACCUGCGUCACUGGCCCAGCCAGCGGCUGCAUCCAAUGCUUCUGAGACAGCUUCAGCACAGAAGAUCGCUGUUCCUGCAGCGGCACAUCACUUUUGCUUUUCCAUAGACUUAAGGAGUAUCCAUGGCUUGGAGCUUGGUUUUCCAGUCAAUUGUAUAUUAAGGUACUCGUAUCCAUUUUUUGGAAGUGCAGCUCCUAUUAUGACGAAUCCUCCUGUAGAAGUUUGGAAAAACAUGGAAGUUUUUCUCCCCCAGUCUUACUGUGCAUUUGAUUUUGCAACUCUGCCUCAUCAGCUGCAGGAUACCUUCUUAAGGAUUCCUUUGCUGGUUGAAUUAUGGCAUAAGGACAAAAUGAGUAAAGACUUGCUCCUGGGGAUCGCAAGAAUCCAGCUUUCUAACAUCUUGUCUUCAGAAAAAACACGCUUUUUAGGCUCUAAUGGUGAACAGUGUUGGCGUCAGACUUACAGUGAAAGUGUGCCUGUUAUUGCAGCACAAGGGUCAAAUAACAGGAUAGUAGAUCUUUCUUACACUGUGACUCUGGAAGAUUAUGGCCUGGUAAAAAUGCGUGAGAUAUUUGUCUCUGAUUCAUCUCAGGUUUUGUCUGCUGUGCAGCAGAAGCCAUCUUCUCUUCCUCCGGCACCUUGUCCUUCAGAGAUCCAAACAGAGCCUCGGGAAACAUUAGAAUACAAAGCAGCACUUGAGCUAGAAAUGUGGAAGGAAAUGCAAGAAGACAUUUUUGAAAAUCAGCUAAAGAAAAAAGAACUGGCUCAUAUGCAGGCUUUGGCAGAGGAAUGGAAAAAAAGGGACCGUGAAAGAGAAUCACUAGUAAAGAAAAAGGUGGCUGAAUAUAGUAUUCUGGAAGGAAAACUCCAAAAAACCCUAAUUGAUUUAGAGAAGCGGGAGCAGCAGCUUGCCAGCGCAGAAUCGGAGCUUCAAAGAGAGAAAAAGGAGUUGCAGUCAGAACGUGAACGGAACCUGAAGGAGCUGCAGGACUCCAUCCGUAGAGUCAAAGAAGACUGCAUUCACCAAACAGAGCUGGAAAGACUAAAGACCAGGCAGCUCGAAGAAGAUAAACACCGACUUCAGCAGCAGCUUAAUGAUGCUGAAAGUAAAUAUAAGACUUUGGAAAAGGAGUUCCAGCAGUUCAAGGAUCAGCAAAGCAACAAACCAGAAAUCCGUCUACAGUCUGAAAUAAAUCUUCUCACCUUAGAAAAGGUUGAACUUGAAAGAAAGUUGGAAUCUGCAACUAAGUCUAAACUGCAUUACAAGCAGCAGUGGGGACGAGCUUUGAAGGAGCUUGCCAGACUUAAACAGAGAGAACAAGAAAGUCAAAUGGCUCGUCUUAAAAAGCAGCAAGAGGAAUUGGAACAGAUGAGGCUGCGUUACCUUGCUGCUGAGGAAAAAGAUACAGUAAAAAGUGAGCAACAGGAAUUGUUGGAUAUAAGAAAUGAGUUAAACAGGUUAAGGCAACAGGACCCAAAACAGUACCAGGAUUCCAAGGAAAUCACCAGUGGGAAAAUGGAUGGCCCACGUGGCCCAGCAGUGGAAGAAGGCUUGGAUGAUUAUUUGACCCGCCUGAUAGAGGAAAGGGAUACUUUGAUGAGAACGGGUGUGUAUAAUCAUGAGGAUCGAAUCAUAAGUGAACUCGACCGACAGAUCAGAGAGGUUUUGGCCAAAAACAAUGCCAGUACUUAAAUGUUUGGAAAAUCUUUACAGACUUCAAGUUUAAAUUUUAAUUUUAUUGUAAAUCUCAAAAAUGGAGAAAAUGGGUAUUUUUAAGUCUAUUUUCAAUUUUUUAUAAGCAGAAUUUUGUAUGUCAUUGUAUAGUAUUUAUUUGAUUUUAUUUACUUUAUGCUACCUCUCAUGCUGGUUUUAUUCCUAAUUUCAUUGUAUAUGCUGAUUUUCAGAUUUCAGUAUUUCUCAGUUUUUAAUCUGAUAGCUGACUUUUAUAACAGUUUUUCAAUAAGUUUGUACUAGGACAAAUGACUGCAGUAAUUCCCAGUUAUAUAAUUUUCAUGUGGAGCCCAAAGAGUAUAUGUUGCACUUUAAUAAUGUUGUGUCUUAUUCCUUUUGAUAUAAAUAUCUUAAAAGUUAAACCAAUUAAAAAUGUAGCAGUUUUAACUCAUAUUAAAUGACUUUUUCCCUUUUGUAAUUGAUUACAAGUGAUGUUUGAAACAAAUAGUAUCAAUACAGAGAAAUCAUAUGACAUAUUGGGUGACAAAAAUUAAUCAUUUGCCUAAAGCUAGUACAUACUAAAUUUGUUUUAAGAACUGUCGGAUUUAAAAAUUUUCAGUAUAUUCUUGACUUCUAAAACCAUGAAUUAUUUGCUUAAUAUGAUUCUUUUCAUCAGUUUCCUGCUUAGUUCCUCCUGAAUUGUCACCUUUUGUUAAAAUUAGAGAUUUUCCUUUUUUUUUUUUUUGCUUUGUUUUUACAAUGAAAAAACUACCUGCUAAACCCUCUGUAAUACAGUAUGAAAACAGACACAAGGGAUUUAGCUAGAAAGAAAGGAAUGAAACAGUUAUUUUUUACUCCAAUUUUGAUCAGCCUUUUCAGAAGUACAUGAGAUUAGGUCCUUGGGUUUAUGUAGUGUCCUGUCUGUAGCUUUAAAGAGUUCCUUUGCAUCCUAGUUCUCAGAGCCAACAUUGUCCUCAGAACAACACUUUCCAUACAUACACACCCUUUAUACAGUACCUAAAAAGAUUAUUAGCAAAUUUACAAAUUAGAUUGGGUUUUAAAGUAUAUACAGUUUAAAAAUAUGACUUCCAAAUGUAAGUAUAUACUUUAGGAAGUAUAUUCUAAGUAUCAGUAACUUCCAUAAAAACAGAACAGGUUACUCACUAACAUUAAUAUUCUGUUACUUUCAACAAAGUAUAUUUCUUGAUUGGGAAAUUAAGCCCCUAAUUACAUUAUAUACUUUUCCCUUUAUUAACAAAGUAUUAAUCUUCAAACCAAAAAAUAAACUAGUAAUUAACAGAAAAGUAGUUACUGAAGGAGAGAGUAAUGAAUCAAUUAAUCAUAGCAGGAAUUUGAAAUAUUAAUUAUGGUUGUUUUCUCUCAUUGAUUUUUGUGCCACAUGAAUGGAACAAUAGUAUUCUUUCUGACUUGGAAGGUCUCUAGUGUGAUGACCAUUCAUUUGUAUUGCAUAAUGCCUAUAACUUUUCAAACACUAGAGGGGGCCUUAGAUUUAAAGAAAUAAGACUUUUCCAUAAUGUGUAUGUGGUUUACUUUGCCUUCUGUAAAGCAGUCUUUUUGGCUUUUGCAGUUUAACAAAUAAAAUAACUGUAUAUGCA